AUGAAUAUAAUAUUAAGUAUUGAUCAGAGUACUCAAUCCACUAAACUGGUUUUCUUUGAUGAAGAAUUAAAUGUGCUUCAUAUGAAUAACUUACCUCAUGAACAGAAAUGUUUUAAGCCUGGAUGGUAUGAACAUGACCCAAUAGAAAUAAUGGAUAAUUUAUAUAAAUUAAUGAAUGAGGGUGCAAAUUCAUUAAAGGAAAAAUAUAAGAAUAUAGUUAUAAAAUGUAUAGGUAUUACUAACCAAAGGGAAACCGUCAUAAUAUGGGAUAAAUUUACAGGAAAACCAUUAUAUAAUGCAAUUGUGUGGUUAGAUACUCGCGUUGAAGACAUGGUUGCUGAAUUUUCUGAAAAAUACAAUAAUGAUGAUUUUCAGAAAAAAACUGGAACUUACUUCAAUACUUACUUUAGUGCUUUUAAAAUAUUAUGGUUAAUUCAAAAUAAUGAAAUAAUAAAACAGAAAGUAUCAGAUGGUACAGCUAUGAUUGGAAAUAUAAAUACAUGGCUUAUUUAUAAUUUAACCAAAGGUCAAUGUUAUACAGAUGUCACAAAUGCAUCCAGAACAUUGCUGAUGGAUAUAAAAACGUUGCAGUGGGAUGAAAAAUUAUGUAGAAUAUUUGGUAUUACAAAUAUGAAUUCUUUACCAGAAAUAAAAAACAAUUGUACAAAUUUUGGACUAGUAAAAAAUGAGCUAGUUCCUGAUUAUUUAAAUGUUCCAAUUACAGGAUGCAUCGGAGAUCAACAAAGUGCAUGUAUAGGACAAGCUAUAUUUGAUGAAGGAGAAGCCAAAUGUACUUAUGGAACUGGUGUUUUCCUCUUAAUUAACACAGGAAAUAAAAUUGUAUAUUCAUCUUGUGGAUUAAUUACUACAGUUUGUUAUAAAUUUAAUGAAGAUGAUGAGCCAAAUUAUGCUCUUGAAGGUUCAAUUGGUACUGCUGGAUCUGGAGUUUCUUGGCUUAUUAAAAAUAAUUUAAUUAAUGAUCCAUCUGAUACAAAUGAUAUUAUGGAAAAAUAUGAAGACACAGGUGGUGUUACAUUUGUUCCUGCCUUUAGUGGUUUAUAUGCUCCAAGGUGGAGACCAGAUGCACGAGCAUCUAUCUGUGGUAUGACUUUUAAUACAGACAAAAAUCAAAUUGUUAGAUCUUUAUUAGAAGGCAUUGUUUUUCAAUUAAAUGAAAUUGUAUAUUCACUAAUAUCAGAUAUGGGUAUAGAAAUGCUACAUGUUUUAAGGUGUGAUGGAGGAAUGACUAAAAAUAAAGCCUUUAUGCAAUUUAAUUCUGAUAUAAUAAAUACUAAAAUUGAAGUAUCUAAAUAUAAGGAAGUAACAGCUUUAGGAGCAGCGGUAUUAGCAGGUUUAGGUGUAAAAAUAUGGAAAGAUUUGGAUUCUGUUAAAAGGCUAUUAAGAGCUAGCGAUUCUGUCUAUCAUUGUAAGAUGGAAGAUAAAAAAAGAAAAAAGAAAAUUAUAGAAUGGAAUAAGGCUGUUGAAAGAAAUUUGUUGCAUAUGUGA